GCGCUUUGCGGAGAGCCCGACGCCAGCCCGUUCUCCAACGGAAGAAUUUUACCAAGAAGAGAUGCGCGAGGCCGAGAAUCAGGCCGAAGAGGUGGAGCGGAUGGCAGCUGCAGAGGAGGAACAAAGAAGGGCUUUAAAUGCCCCAUUGGUUGCUCAUGUUGCCACCGACGACGAGCCUCGGAGCGAGGAGCCACCGGUAGUCCUCGAUGCUCUUCAAGUUGCUCGUAUGGUUCCAGACAACGAGGAAGAGGGCUUCGAGGAGGAAAGCGAAUCGGAUGCUUCUCCGUUGACGCUGGAGGAACAGAGGGCUUUGAUGGACGAGGCCAUCACAAGGGCACGACGAAUGUUGUGCGAGGUCUCUGUCUCUGUGGAGGCGGGGACGGAACCUCCUCCAAGUUUCAAGCCUCUGGAAACCGAGUCCUGGGGUACUUGGACCGCUGGGCCGACUCGAAAAGAGUUAUUCCUGAAGUGGGAGGCCGCUAUCUAUGCAGAUGCUGGGCAGUACGAGGUGUGGGAAAGUCACCACAGGAUGGGCGAACCCAUCCCUUUGUGUCGGGACUGCUUAGGGCACCCGAUCAAUAUGCUCAGCAAGGUGGCCCACGACCCCGACUACCUUCCCAAGUACUGCACCGGUGGGGUUUUGCCGGCAAUGGACUUGGAGCCGGAUCAGGUCGAGUGUGUCCCGGUUUGCCCUGGAUACGUUUCGAUGAAUUCGUGCUCGUGGGCCCAUGGAAUUAUACCCCCGGAACGGUGCUACAUCCUCCAAGAGCCCAAAGAUCUGGAAAGAUACUUUGGUCCAAAACGCUUCGCGGAGGUAGAAAUCCUCACGACAGAGCUCUUGGAUGCCCAUUACAAGAUUUUGGACGACCUCAACGAGGCCGAAAGUCUUCGAGGAUUCGGUGUAACGGAGGGGAUGGUGAACAAGGCCCUCGAAGAGGUGUCUUCUUCACUUACCAGUGGUGCCUCAUUCCACCCUCAUGUUCGGCCGAAUUCCAAUGUGCAUACGCUCAUUUACAAGUACCUACUUCGAGCAGCACGAGUGCUUCGUGUGCACAGCAUUCACAGCCAUCAGUACUACGACAUCGAGGAAGAGGACGUCGAUUCGUCCAUCCUCAAGGAAUACACCGAGCUGGGGUGGUACACAGAGGCCGGCGGAACCACCUUCACCGGCAAUGGUGCCACCGGAGCCGCCUUCACCAUCGGGAGUUUUGGCUCCAACGGAACCACCAUCACCCGCGGAAUCCAUGGUGCCACCUCUACCUCCACCAGUAUCGGAUCGCGGCCGUUCCAGAAGCCCACGAAGGCUGCGACAUUCGGAUGUAG